UCGUCACUACCACCAUACUUUAUAACCGGGACAACAUGGCUGCUACAGCGAGCCGUUACUACAGCGAAGACGGUAGGGCAACGAAACGACAGAAAACCGACGGGAUGGCCACGGGAUAUGAAGAUCCUCACAAGACCCUUCCGUCUGUCGUGGUGCAUGUCCGAGGGCUGGUGGACGGUGUUACAGAGGCUGAUCUAGUGGAGGCCCUACAAGAAUUUGGAGCCAUCAGCUAUGUGGUGGUGAUGCCUAAGAAGCGGCAGGCACUGGUGGAGUACGAAGACAUGAAUGGAUCAUCGACAGCCGUAACAUACGCUGCAGACAACCAAGUUUACAUCGCUGGCCACCCAGCCUUCAUCAACUACUCCACCAGCCAGAAGAUCUCCAGGCCGGGAGACUCUGACGACUCUAGAAGUGUUAACAACGUUCUUCUGCUCACCAUCAUGAACCCUAUCUACCCCAUCACCACGGAUGUCCUUUAUACCAUCUGCAACAACUGUGGGCCGGUCCAGAGAAUCGUCAUCUUCAGGAAGAAUGGCGUCCAGGCGAUGGUUGAAUUCGACUCUGUGCAAAGCGCCCAGCGAGCCAAGGCAUCACUCAAUGGAGCAGACAUCUACUCCGGCUGCUGCACGCUGAAGAUCGAGUACGCCAAGCCCACUCGCCUGAAUGUGUUCAAGAACGACCAGGACACCUGGGACUACACAAACCCCAAUCUGGGAGGACCAGAUGGUGAUGCAGAUGGCAAUGGGAGCAAUGCAGAAGACGUGAACGCCAACCCCAACAAGCGCCAGAGACAGCCUGCUCUGCUGGGCGACCACCCUCCAGAGUAUGGAGGUGGUUACCACGGCUACGAUGAGAGCUACGGAUCCCCACCCUUUGAGGGUCGCCGCAUGGGUCCACCAAUGAGAGGACGUGGAGGGAGAAGCUACGGACCAGGCUUUGGACCUCCUCCACCUCCUCCUGGCGAGUAUGGUGGCCACGCUGAGUCUCCAGUUGUCAUGUUGUACGGAUUGGACCCCGUCAAGAUGAACGCAGACCGUGUCUUCAAUAUCUUCUGUCUCUAUGGCAAUGUAGAGCGGGUAAAGUUCAUGAAGAGCAAGCCUGGGGCAGCCAUGGUGGAGAUGGGAGACUGCUAUGCAGUGGACCGCGCCAUCACUCACCUCAACAACAACUUUCUCUUUGAACAGAGACUGAAUGUCUGCGUGUCCAAGCAGCAAGCCAUUGUACCUGGUCAGUGCUAUGAACUGGAGGACGGUUCUAGCAGUUUCAAGGACUUUCACGGCUCCAGGAACAACCGCUUCACCUCACCAGAACAGGCGGCCAAAAACCGUAUCCAGCACCCGAGCAACGUGUUGCACUUUUUCAACGCCCAGCCAGACGUCACACCAGAGGUUUUCUCUCAGAUUUGUGAGGAGAUCGGUGUCAAGAGUCCUGUCAACGUCAAAAUGUUCACAGGAAAGAGUGGUGCCGCUCCCAGUGACCGCAGUGCUUCAGGUCUGCUAGAGUGGGAGUCUAUCAAUGAUGCCAUGGAGGCGCUGGCCAUGAUGAACCACUACCAGAUGAAAAAUGCAGCUGGUCCUUAUCCUUACACCCUCAAACUGUGCUUCUCCACCGUCCAGCACGCCAACUGAGCACACUGUUGUUGCUAGUAAGAUGGAGACUGGUCCACCAUUCCCAUGCUCACAUGUACUUGGACCAUGACUGCUUGCAUUACACCUGGAGAAAAAUUGAUUUUCAAAAACACCUCAAAUACUGUGAAAUGACACAUUUUCACAAUGCAAUUGAUCCCUAAAGUGCAAACUCAUCAUAUUUGAUAUAUAAAGCAGAUCUAACGAAUGCUAACAAGCAUUUAAAAUCUUUGAUAUUUAUGCCCCAGAUGUGGUUUAUGGAGUAUCCGUACCUGUGUGUCUUCAAUAUUAUGUUGUCCUUUUACUUUUUGUAUUAUGCUUAUUCAGUAACCUGAUGCAAGAAAGCAUAUUUGACAGAAUUGGUUUUAUGCUCAGGUGGUUAAGUGGCAGUGGACAACAUGAUUUUGUAAAAGAGUUGUCUUUUUGAAUUUUUAUUAUAAUAGCUCACUUUUUUGUUGUUAUUUUAAUUGCUACCAAUUCCAUACUGUGUCUCCAUGUCUGAUAUACAGAUGGAGAAUUGUUUUGUUCUAAGAAAAUAAAAAAAAAUAAUUUAAA